UUCUGUAAAUGAAAUAAUAAAAUUAAUGGAAACAAAGAUCAUCUCCUCUGGUGUCAUCUACUCUAAUUUGCCCAAAAGUUAUGUCCGACCUGAAUCCGAACGUCCCCGGCUGUCUGAAGUCUCUAUCUGUGAAAACGUUCCUGCCAUAGACCUUGGGUCCGACAGCAGAACCCAUAUUGUCCAGCAGAUUGGUGAUGCCUGUAAAAACUAUGGCUUUUUUCAGGUGAUAAAUCAUGGGGUUUCCGGGGAGGCUGUGGAGAAGAUGUUAGGGGUGGCGGAUGAGUUUUUCCGGCUGCCGGUUGAGGAGAAGUUGAAGCUGUAUUCCGAUGACCCGUCCAAGACAAUGAGACUUUCCACCAGCUUUAAUGUGAACAAGGAGAAGGUUCACAACUGGAGGGAUUAUCUAAGGCUCCAUUGCUAUCCUUUAGACAAGUAUGUGCCGGAGUGGCCUUCUAACCCUCCUUCAUUCAAGGAAAUUGUGAGUAACUAUUGCAAGGAAGUGCGAGAGCUUGGUUUCAGACUACAAGAACUAAUAUCAGAGAGCCUAGGCUUAGAAAAGGACUACAUAAAUAAUGUCCUGGGUGAACAAGUCCAACAUAUGGCUGUGAACUACUAUCCACCAUGUCCUGAGCCAGAACUAACAUACGGAUUGCCUGGUCACACAGACCCUAAUGCCCUCACAAUUUUGCUCCAAGACUUGCAAGUUGCAGGCCUACAAGUACUCAAAGAUGGCAAGUGGAUCGCUGUCAAUCCCCAGCCAAAUGCGUUUGUCAUUAACAUUGGUGACCAAUUACAGGCAUUGAGUAAUGGGAGGUACAAGAGCGUCUGGCAUCGAGCAAUUGUUAAUGCAGACAAGGCAAGGAUGUCAAUUGCUUCCUUCCUCUGCCCACAUGACCAUGCCAUUAUCAGCCCUGCAAAACCUCUCACUGAGGACGGGUCAGUUACGAUAUAUAGGAAUUUCACCUAUGCUGAGUAUUACAGUAAGUUUUGGAGCCGAAACCUAGACCAAGAACAUUGUUUGGAACUUUUCAAGAACUAGCACUACUGGAAGCCUAGGAUAUUUCUCUGCUAAUAUACUCAAUUUAGGUCAAACUCCCAAAUCGGAUCCUAAAAUAAGAGGCACGGACAGGUCUGUCCCAAAAAAAAAAAAAGAAUGCUAGGACAAAUUACCCCUCCAAAUCAUUGAUCAAGACAAAUCAUCUAUUAUUUAACUUAUGAUGUCAUCACACAUCAAAAAUCCAUUUGCAAUUUAAGCCUUUUUUUUAACUAAAAGUUUGUGUGUGAUGAUAUCACAUGUUAAAUAAUAGGUGACUUAUCUUGAUAGAUAAUUUGGAGGGGCAUUUUGACCUUACUUUUUUUGAGGAGCGGAUAUAUCCCUACCCUUCUAUUUGAAGGCUGGAUUUGGGGGUUUGGCCCUCAAUUUAUUGUACUUCAAUUCUUGGCCUAGGCAAAUGGCAAGGAGUUCAAAUUCCUUUCUUUACUAUUUGGUGUAAUGGGUAUGACAAUAAGUAUAUGAACAUGAA